AUGCACCUAUCGAAACCAGUUCCCACACCGUUACCAGCAUCUCCGAAACUCACACUCACGACGGGAACUCCUCUUGAUGAUGCAUCACAAUAUCGAUCUGUUGUUGGAAGUUUUCAAUAUUUAUCCUUCACUCGUCCAGAUAUUUCAUACGUCGUCAAUCGACUCUCUCAAUUCAUGCAUCGCCCCACUACUGAUCACUGGCAAGCGGUGAAACGGGUUCUACGUUACCUUGCUGGAACACCAACACAUGGUAUCUAUCUUCAUGCUAACUCUCCUAUCCUUCUUCAUGGUUACUCUGAUGCGGAUUGGGCAGGAGAUACAGAUGAUUAUGUCUCCACGAAUGGGUAUCUUAUCUACAAUGGUCGCAAUCCUAUCUCUUGGUCUUCAAAGAAGCAGAAAGGAGUGGCUCGCUCUUCCACCGAAGCUGAAUACCGGGCUGUGGCCAACACUGCCGCUGAGGUCCGCUGGCUAUGCUCCCUCCUCACUGAGUUCUCCGGUAAUUUACUGUGA